AGAGAGAGAGAGAGAGAACUACGUGGGUCGGCGAGAUUGAGAGUCACUGUCAGAUGGGGCGUUGAAUCGGCAAAUUCGGUUCGCAAAGCAAAUGAAAAACAAAAACAAUUUGGUAGAAAAAAAUGCACCGUUUACUAGGGAAAUGCUAGCGUCAUCUCUUUCUUGUACGUAUCUAUCUACAUGUAUGUAUCCAUUAGUAGUAGAGACCUUCACCUUCAGACCUCCUCCUCCUCCUCCUCCUUCAGUUACGUUGAAUUUUCCAAUUUAUUCAAUUCCCCUUCAGACUUCUGACCGAUCGAUUGCAGCUAGUACCUCAAUUUCAUUUAACCGAUGCAAAAUCGUUCAGGCGGUUCAACAAGAUUUCUCUUCUAGAUUUGUUGCCUCGAUUUGAUUUGCUGGAAUUUCAUCGAUAGCAUCUACCCAUCCUUUUGCUCUGGAUCUUCACUUCCCUAUCUAUUCUUCUACACUUAUUCCGAUCGAUUAGCUUUGCUAGUUUGGCAGGAUAGCCUUAUCAACUAGUACUUUCCAGGGUGUCGAGUUUGUUGGAUUUUGUCAGUUGAUCGUGAAUCAAGUCCUAUUUGGCAUCAGCUGAAUUUUGACAAAUAUCUGUAAAUCUGAUUUGAAGGUUUAGUCUUGUACAUGUUUGUAGCUGAUUGACUGGGGAUCAAGUUGUCUGUUUUUUUGUGGAUAUUAGAGGGUGUUCUACCGUACUCGUGAAAAAAUCAAUCCAAUGAGACUUCCAAUGGUUGAUUGCCGUAGUUUGAUCGAAUUUUGCAAAGCUUUCGAGCAGCAUCAGAACUCCUAUCAACGAAACAACGCCCACCUUCACUCUCGUGCCCACCAUGUCUCGAACAAGAAGCAAACCAAUUCUUUAGCCCACCCCUUUUGCGAGCAUUCACCCUUAGCCGCUAUUGACGUGGUUCUGUUGCUUUUGGUUCUUGGAGCCUUGGGCUUCUUGACCGGUCCCUACCUGAAAUUUGUUGCUCAUGAGGUCCUACCUAUAAUUUGCUACAUCCUUGUGGAGGCGAUAAGUAAUGCACCCGUUUGGUAUGUGGUUGGUGUGAUUGUGGCGUUCACCUUGGUGAUUGUUACAAUUGCGGUAUGGGAAUUUCUGGAUAUGCAAUCAAGAAAAUGUGGGAAGCCAUACUGUAAGGGGCUACGCAAGGCGGUUGAGUUUGAUAUUCAGCUAGAGUCAGAGGAGUGUGUCAAGUACUUGCCGCCAAUCCCGACAACUGCUUACGGAAUGAAGCCAUUGGAACUUGGGGAAGAUCACAAGGAGUUGGAGGCAGAGUUGAAAAGGAUGGCUCCUCUCAAUGGUCGCACUGUUCUCAUCUUUCGAGCACCAUGUGGAUGUCCUGCCGGUAGAUUGGAGGUUUGGGGACCUAAGAAGAUCCGCAGAGUCAAGAAAUAAACUAGGUUUUGUCUUUGUCUCAUGUUUUCCUAUUUCCUUCACAAGAAUAAACUUUGAGGUACUAGGUUGAUCAGGAUAAUCAGUGUCUUGCAGAAUAAGUGAAUAGUAAGGUAUAGUAGUAAAAUCACAUUUCAGGGUCAAUCUUGUUCUUGUUAUCUGUUACCACAUACUUUGAUAGGAUUUUACAUGGAAACCUCUUCUAAUUA